UCGUUUUGUUUUGUGCCAUUGGUCUGCUCUGAAUAGCAUGGAAAGGAUUCCCGCUGCGGAUGAUGGUUGUUUGAGCUAUGGACAGGAAGGCUGACGAGUGUGGAGCAGAUGCAGAGGUCCCGCUUCCAUGCUUCAGCACCUUCAACCAUGGUGCUGGACUACGGGAGGUCUCCAUCAUCAAAGGAAUUGAGGAAUACCUCGGCUACCACCACUUGGCGGAGCCUCUCACAGCUUUUCGUCGAGAAGUGGCAGGUGCCGGGCUUUUGCGCAACCCCAGCAUUUGGAUGCAAGUGGUGCGUGACAUUGAGGAGGUGCUUGCAACGUUUGAUGCUGGAGAUCAGAAGGCCUUUAGGGAUGCGUGGCAGCGGCUUGUCCCUGAAGAGCGGCAAACAGCGCCGGUGGGGCGAAACAUCGAAUUGCGGCUGCAGGCUUACUUCGCCACUCACAGCAUGCGCAGAGCAUUGCAGGAAGGCCGCGAACCGGAACCUCACGAAACGCAGGCCUUGGAUCGCUUUCGGGACUUCUUGAGUGAGUGCGGCAAGGAUGAGGUCAGUGCAGAUGAAGCACUAAUGCCUCUUUUUGCGCUUCCCUUCGUCCAGCGACCGCAUGCGCACCCUGAUGUGCGGGAGGUCUUCUCAGACAGUUGGCUUCAGCACCUUCGCAAAGAUGUUGAGGCAGAACUUCGAUUGCAACAACCGCCUAUUCCUUUGCUCUAUGACAUCGUGGAGCAGCCACCCACAGACGAUGGGAAGCGCCCAUGGCAGUCUGUUUGGGCGGAGCUUUUGCGCUUGGCUGAUGCCAGCUUGGAUGCCAUAGCAUUGUUGGCGGAAGGGAUACCCGUGGCGCCAUCCGUCCUCACAAGUGCUCGACAGCAACUUGAGCUUUUGCGAGACCAUGUGCCUGGAGGUCUUGCACUCCAGUUGAAGUCGCAGGACAGUCGGCGACCGCUCUGUCCUAUGAGCCCUGCCCGCAGCGUACGGUCCCGCGCUGCGACCGCUCGGCCACAGCUACCCCAGAUAGACUUUACAGCACUUCGUCGUUUUGUUUGUUCCCACGAGGAACGCUUUGAAGCUAGUCCGCCAUCGACCUUACCCGCUGUCCUGCGAGCUAUUUUGCAAAGGCUUACAUCGGCAGAAUCCCCGUUGCCUUUGCGAAGGGGCUUCUUGGUUGCGGUCCCGUGCUUCGAUGUGCUGGGUGUCCGCUGCUUGCCCACAGCGCUGCCUUCGCUGCUGGACAAUCCCGAGGUAUCAGAGCUUACCCUUGGCAUCCUGGCGGCGCUCGCCUGUGAGGCCGUAGGUCGCAGCUAUAUCGUGUCCAGUGACGCGAGUGUUCAGAGGAUGAUCCACCUGCUCAAGUCGAAGCCAUUGGAUUCCUCGGUGCACAUACAGGCUUUGGCUGCGAUGCAGCGUCUGUCCCUGAGGAGGAGUGCACAGGACCACAUGAUUGAGAUGGGCUUGGUGGAGUGGGCCGUCCAGGUCUUGGGAUCGCCCACGGAGGGCCAUGGAAUGCCAUCGGAGUUCUCCUUGGAGUUUGGUUCUGCGAUGCUGAUGAACCUGGCGCUGCGCUCCGCGGGGAAGCGGAGAUGCUUGGAGCAGCAAGAAAUGCUUCCAGUUGCAAUGAAACUCAUGGAGCAUUGGAAUCCGCAGAUCAGGACCAGAUCAAGCGCUUUACUCAUUGCUGUCGCUGCCAAGUUUCCGAGAGACGGCGCAACGUUGGGGCUUGGAGGCAAUGCUGCGAUCUAUCCACUCGCAGGCAAACAGCCUUGGGGACGACAUCUCAGUGAGACAGAUUGAAUAUUUGCUUGAGGAAAUGAAUCCGGAGGACCAAUCGCCGACCAGUGCUGGCGGUGAGAGCGGAGAGGAUGAUGAGGACGAUGACGAAAACUUUCUGGAGGAAGAAGAGUUGGCUGGCCUGCUCCUGGGAGACCGCAGCGGCGACUCUGAGGAAGCCCUUCAGCCAUUCAGGGCGACUGCGGCCGUUUUGGAGGCACAGCAGCGUGAAUUCCAGCAAUGUUUAGGGAACUAUAUGCAGUCACUCUAAGUUGAGCUGACGGGACAGUAAGCUUUGGCCCAUUCAGCCGACUGGUGACAUUUUCUGGCAUUCGGUCCGUCUCUCUUUUGUACAUAGCCUGAGACAAGCAAAGAUUUGUCUCGUUGCCGACUUGCUGCCUCCAUUUUUGUGGAGAAAUGCUGGAGCAAGGGCGCAAGCACGCAAGCAAGCAAGGAAACAACCUACCCCUACUCUAGUCAUUUUGAGAUGUUCAUCCUCAAUGUUCA